AUGGAUUCUAGGGGAAAUGACAUCGUAGCUGGAGGGGAUAAUUAUAGGGAUACUUCCAGUGAGGAUGAUGUCGAUGCUUUGGCAUGCUGCAAAGCUUUUGUAGGAGGGGUGAACCCGAUUAUAGCUGAAGAUUGGGUUCAAGAGAUAGAGGAACUGCUGGGUGUGCUGGAGUGCACAGAGGAGCAUAAGGUGCGGUUUUCCACCUUUAAAUUGGUAGGGGAAGUGAAGAGAUACUUCCCUACUGCUACCCAAGAGGCGAAGGCUCAGGAGUUCUUGCUUCUGACCCAAGGACCCAUGACUGUACAACAGUAUGCAGCCAGGUUUGUGGAGCUAUCCCAUUUCGUUCGUCAUAUGCUCCUAGAUGAGCCGAGGAAAGCUUGGAUGUUCAAGAGAGGUCUGAGGCAUGGAAUAUGCGCACGGGUGGUGGCGUUGUUGACUCAGAGUUUCUCUGAACUGGUGGAUAGGGCCAUGAUAAUUGAGGCCAAUAUUUAG